AAUUAGAGAGAGAGAGCAAGAGAGCAAGAAAGAAAGGAACUUUUACUUUUAGUUUGUGGGCAGUACCCUCCUAUAUCAUCCAGUCACAACUAAACCUUUGGCUCCCCCCUCUCUCCCUCUCUACUCUGCUGCAGUGAGAUCUCACUACAAGGAGGAGGAGAAGAGGCAAAAAAAAAUUUUGAUUCAUUUCUUCAAGUUUGCUGCUUACUGUUGUUGUUGUAAGUCUCAAGGAAGAAAGCAAAGAAAGAAAAGAAAGGGUCUUUCUUUCUUUCCCACUUUCUUUAACUCACCCUUUGAUUCUAAAGAGAUUCUCACUGUUUUCUCUUCUCAGCUUUCUUCUUUGGGUUUUCUUCCCUUUUCAGUGUCUCAUAUUUACUCACCCUGUGUGUUCUGUUUCUUCUAUGUUGGAACUUUAAAAAGAGGAAAUUUCUCAAUCAUUUCUACUCUAUUUCUGGAAAUUGCAACUCGGGUUCUUCUGAUUGAUUCCAAUCUUUCUGUUGGUUUUCAGAUCUGAUAACUUGUAUUGUGAAACAGAGAAAAGAUCUGUUAUAUUUCUAUUCAAAGGUUUGUAACGGAUUUUUUUUUUAAAGUUGAAAAAGAUUCUUCAACUGAAAAAUGCUUGUAUGAAAAAAGCUAUUCUGAUUCUCUUCAAAUGCUUCUCAAUUUAAUCUCGAUUUCCUCUUGUUAAAAAUUCACUACUCUCUCUUAGCCUCAUGAUGAAGUGGGGAAUGGAAAUACUAUCACCACAGUCUUAUCUACCAGUCUCAAAUUGGUUACUUGAAGAAAACAACAACAGCAACAACAACCAUAGUAAUAAUAAGAGUACUAGAUGGACACAAGAAGAGAACAAGAGAUUUGAGAAUGCAUUAGCACAAUACGAUAAAGACACACCUGAUCGAUGGCAAAAGAUAGCACUUAUGAUUCCUGGGAAAACAGUAAACGAUGUAAUGAAGCAAUAUAAAUUAUUAGAAGACGAUGUUGGUUAUAUAGAAGCAGGGUUAGUACCAAUUCCUGGUUAUACUACUUCCUCUUUCACUUUGGAUUGGGUUAAUAGUCGAUCUUUCGAUGGUUCGAAUGGCGGUAAGAGAUCUUCUUCGACUAGACCUGGUGAUCAGGAGAGAAAGAAAGGUGUCCCAUGGACUGAGGAUGAACACAGGUUAUUUCUUUUGGGUUUAAAGAAGUAUGGUAAAGGAGAUUGGAGAAACAUCUCAAGGAAUUUUGUUAUCUCAAGAACACCGACUCAAGUGGCAAGUCAUGCCCAGAAGUAUUUUAUCAGGCAGCUCUCAGGAGGGAAAGAUAAGAGGAGAUCAAGUAUCCACGAUAUCACGACGGUGAAUCUCGCAGACAAUAAACCUCCAUCACCAGACAGUAAUACGUCGACAAUCGAUCAAUCUACCAUGCUAACACAGCAGCCAAAUCAGAACUCUGCACCAAAAGCAUUAUUUGAUUGGAAUCAACCCCACGACAUGGUUUUCAACCCAGCACAUGGAAGCUUGUACGUGCCACCUACUUACGGUAUAAACUCAUUUGGGAUGAAAAUGCAAGGACACAAUCUAAACAGAAAUUCUCUUCAUGGAUCUCAUAUGGGAGCUCACAAUGCAAUGUUUCAGAUGCAAUCAUCACAGUGUCACCCACACGGAUAAAAUCUAGAGGCGUUUUGAGUUCUCUCCAUGGAAUUGAAAUUCUGUCAAGCUAGAAUUUGCUGUUUCUAUGAUUUUUGUUCAUGGUCUUAAUAUGAAUAUAUAUCGAUGAAUACUUGGGAUAGUUAUCUUAAGAUAACUGAAUUACGUUUUUCCUUGUAUCCAUAUAGGCAUUCUUGAAAAUAAGAUUGUAUGUGUCCCCAGGAAUUCCAACUACAAGAACAACUGCAGUUUAU